AUAUUCGAUUUUUUUUAUUUUCAUUGUGACUGAAAAGUCGAGAAUAAAAAAAUUGAAAACAAGCUGAAAAGUAAAAUGGUAUAUUAUCUACAAACGCUUCCAGUUUUAUUUAUAAUUGGAGUUACUAUACGUUUAACUAAAAGUUCAUUUUGUCAUGAAUCAGAAGAAGUAAAAUUAAAUUGUGUAGGAAUUUUUGAGAUAGUACACAAGUGUAAUGCAGAGUUUAUACAAAAUGCCAUGACAACAGCUGAUCCUUUCACUUUAUGUACCAAUGAUUUUUCUUUUAGAGCAUACAGGAUAACAAUGAAAUAUUAUGACAGAUUAUUUUCCACCCACGACCCUAAAAAUGAAAGUGCUUUGUGUUCUGACCAAUAUUUAAACAAAAACAAAAUGAAUGUUAUAACGAGCCUCAUAGGAAACUCAAAAAAUCUUUGGACUACUGCUAAUUGUGAUCAAUGCUAUAAUACUUUAAGUUCAACUUCAAAAAAUUUCACAACAAGUACUGAAGAUUUCCUUAAUUCACUUCAGUUGUUGACCAACUGUAUUGAUAAAGUGACAAAUAUCAGUUUUGUUUGCAACAAAUGUGAAACACAUUAUCAGACUCUUAAUGGAAUUUAUGAGAGAAUCAAAACAUCUUCGAAUAAUAAGAUUUGUUUUGAUUUAGAAGACAAAAUGAAUAAAACUAGACGAGACUGGUCGGGUGUUUACAAAUGUUGUAGAGAUAAGCGAGAUUCGUUGACUGCCUUUUACAGUUUAGCUACAACGAUUUUUAUCAUUGCUGUUAGCUUUUAUUCCGUUGUGUAUUUCGUGGGAUCAAAUUAUCCUGAAAGAAAUGUCUUAGAUGAACGAGAAGUUGCAAUAUGCCGUCGAAGUGAAAUUCGAGAUUCUGCCCAACCAGGUCAGUCAUCAAAUAUGUCUUCGUUUGAUCGAAACAAUCUAGAAUCUCAAAAAAAAUCUACUGAACAGGAUAAUUCUGAUAAUGAGCCAUUAAUUUUAAGUAGUCCUUUAAAUCAAGCACUAGAAAGAUUGAAUUAGCCUUACAAUAAGUUUACACACGUUAAACCAAAUUAAAUUCUCAACUAUUAUGAUUAUUUUGACUGUGUGAUUUAAAUAUGAUAAUAUUAAAUUUAUUAGUUGGAAAGACGUUUAAACGAGCUUUAUUAUUACCUACAAUGCGUCAAUUGCAAUGGAAAAAUUAUGCAAGCCAAUUAUGAUGCAAUGACCGUAGCGUGUCCCAAGAAGAAUAGUAAAAAGAAGAAAAAAAAAGUCGAUGAGAAGACGAAUAAAUGAACUCUGAAGUGAAACAAUAAGCCAAUCAAUCAAUUGAAUUAUGUAAAAGCGAUACCAAAUAUGGUCGAAAUAAAUAUGCUAACAAUAAAAUUUUGCAGGAAGAUGGAAAGAAGAAUUUCAUUUAAUUGAUAUCAUCAUGAACUGAAAACCGUUAGUUACAAUAAAUUCAAGUUUCUAAUCAAUCCCAACCAACACUCGAGUGCUGUCGGCAGAAUUCAAAAGUUCGUUGAAAGCAUCAAUGAUCACAAUCGACGACGUCAUAAUUGGACAAAAAUAUAACAAAAAGCUUCACGAUUUCUCUCUUAUUCUCUCAUUUAACAUUUUUUUUUCUUCUCCGUUCACCAAGCACAAGAAAUUGGUUGAGCAUUUUCCUCGAUCAGUUUGUUUUGAGAGUUUGCACGUGUUAGCAGCGAUUCUGGUUUUAUUUUUCUUCUCUAAACCUGAAUACUUUUAUUUAAUUUUUUUCUAUUCAAAAGAGAAGCACAAAUUUUAUUUUUCGUAAUGCUGAGAAUGUGUGUCAUGAAAUCCAACAAGCGAACUGCAUUCAAUUCACACACGAUGCUUCAUUUACAGAAGAAAAAGAAAACUUGAAAUAGCAAAAAUGAAAACUCAACAUAGCGAAUAAAAUUCAUUCGAAC